CUAUCAUAACUUAUAACGUCAUAGACAUGUGUUUAACAAAGAUGGUUCCCGUUGAUCAUAUACCAGCUGGCACUUAUUAUUUAUUUAAUUAAGUUAUAUCAUAUAUACUUCGUGAUAAAGUAUAAAUUAGUGUAGUGUAUUAGCAUGGCGUCUGUUUUGGAUUCGGUAAAACAUUAUCAACAUUCUAUAGAAAAAUACGCUAAUGACGAGCACAAAGUAUUAAAAUGUAUAGACAAGUUGUAUAACUUGGAUGUGACAGUGCAACAUUUGCAAGAAACAGGUGUAGGUCGUACUGUAAAUGCACUUCGUAAAGAACCUGGUAGUGUGGGUCAAGCUGCCCGAGCACUUGUUUCCAAAUGGAAGUCAAUGGUUGCAGCAGAAGAGAGUGACCAAGAAGAAAAUAAAAACGAAACUAGUGCCUAUAAUGGACAUGAAAGUGGGAAAUAUCAUGAAAAUUAUUCAAGUGAAUCUAGAAGUAAUUAUGACAAGCCUGAAAAAUCACAUAAAAUACCAAAGACUGAAGAGAAACACCAUAAAGAUACAAAUGGGGACUAUGGAAGUAAAAGAAAAUAUCAAAGCAGUGAGGAAGAAGAACCUGAGGCAAAAAAGAGUAGACACUCAAGUACAAAACACAAUGGUUAUAUGGCGAAAACUGAAGUAAAAUUUAAACAAGAGCCAUCUGAUAGUGAAAUGGAUAGUCAAGACGAUAGCUCUCAAAGUGACUCUGAAAGUGACUCGCAAUCUUCUGAAGAAGAAAGAAAACCAGAUAACAAGGUUUCAAAAAAUACAAUUACAAAAAUGGAGGGCCAUUCGAUUAAACAACAUUCAUCAAGUAAUAGUAGUAGAGACAAACAUAAACAUGAUUCGUAUUCUGACAAUACGAAAAAUAAUUCAGGGAAACAUUAUAGCAGUCAUAAAGAUACAUCUGAAGGAAAACAUUCAUCUGAUAAAUCAUCCUCGAAAGAAAAAUCCCAAAAGACUCACUCACACCGAAGUUCCAAAGAAAAUGAAAAGAGUAAUGACAAAAAAGAAAAAGAACAUAGAUCUCUUGAAUCAGAAAAAAAGCACAGAAGUGAAUCUUCAAAUAAACAUUCAGACAAACAUCGAUCCAAUCAGAGCUCUGAAAAACAGAAAACUAGUAGUAGUAAUAGUAAAAUAGACAAACAUAGAUCUAGUAGUAACUCUGAAAAACAAAAAAAUAGUGAAGAAAAACAUAGAUCUAGCAAUAAUUUAGAUAAACAUAGCUCUAGUAGUUCAUCAGAAAAACAAAAACCAAGUACCACAGAGAGACACAAGCAUCAUUCAGAAAAACAUACUUCUAGCAAAACUGAUAAAGAAAAAAACAAACAUUCAUCUGAAAAAGAGAUCACGAGUGAUAGACAUAAGACAAGAGAAAACAGUAGUAGUAGUAGUAGUAGAAAAGAAAAUAACACAAGUAAUAGUAGUAGUAGCAAAGAUAAACAGACUUUAUCGGGCAAAGAAAAAUCAAAAGACAAAAGUAGUUCAUCGAAAACGAAAGAAAGCCAUCAUAAAAGCGACAAGAGUCAUUCGUCGACAAAACAUUCAAAAACUAACGAUGAUAAAAGAAAAUCUGAAAGCAGUCACCAUAAAAAAAGUAGCAAAAAGAGCAAACAUAAAUCAAGCUCUAGUAAAUCUAGUAGCCGUCAAUCUAAAGAUGAGGAACCAAAGAAAAACGAUUAUGAAAAUAGUGAUGAUGGUAUAGAUUGUGGUUCAGGUGCUAGCUUUGCUGAAGCAUUGGGGAUGAUAAGUCCAACCAAGCCUAAGAAAAAACCUACUCUCAUAAAAGACACUUCAUCACCGAACACCAAUGAAGAUUUGAGUCCGGCAACGCUUCUAGCGCCGACCGCUAAAUUAGCUCCUUUACCGGCGUUAGAAAUAUCCGCUUUGCCUGAAAUAUCGCCAAACUACAGGCCGCGACCUCCACCCAAGUUUCUCCCACAUUUCACCGACGAAGAGGCUAUGAACGCGGGCCUAUCGUCUAAGAAUCAAAGAACAAAAGUGUACUCUGGCAACAAAGUCAUCGGAAAAAUUCCUACAUUAUACGAAAUGUGUGUAAAUAUUCUCCAAGAACACAUUGAUUCUCUUGAAUAUACUGGAGGAGUCCCGUAUGAUAUACUAAAGCCUGUAGUCGAUCGAGCAACUCCACAGCAACUGUUUGUGCUGGAACACUAUAAUCCAUACUUAAUGGAAGACACAGAUCACCUUUGGCAAAAGUUUUGCGAAAAGAGUUUCAGAAAUAAAAAACGACAGGAAAUGGAAACAUGGCGAGAGAUGUACAUGAGAUGUCAAGAAGAGCAGGAAAUAAAACUUAAGUCAUUAACAGCUAAUAUUAAAAUCGCUCAAGAAGCCAAAAAAGCUCCUAUAAAGCAAACAAAAAUGGCUUACGUUGACUGUGUAGUUAAACCACCAAGAAAUAUUGCCAAAAAACAAGCACAACACGGCACCGCCUUUGCAGCAACUGCUAGUCCGGCAGCCCGAGUGGCCUCUUUAGCUACAGCACCCAACGUUCUUAAAGGAGGACGCCCUACAGCAGUACCAACUGUAUCCACCUCAUCUUUUAAACCCAAAAAAGCACCACUCAUGCAGAAAGCUUUACAGUUCUUACGUGGACGUAAACGAUGAUGGACUAUCACCAUAGCUGUAUUUAAAUUUACCGGCUUUACUUAUUUAAGUUGAAAGUAUAUGAACUACAUUAUUUCAACCAUAUCCAUCCCAAGAAAGCCCGUAGGCACCCUCUCGUCCUAUUAUCAUCCUACUCUAUAUAGGUAAGAAUUCUUACAAAUAAUUGUUUAUAAUUUUGUUACAAUUUAAAAGUAUAUAUAAAUUAAAUAUUCAUAUAAAAUGACUGUAUAGUAUUUUAAAAUAUUUUGUAAGGUAAUCAUUUUGGAUAUCUUACUUUUUUGGAUAUUUGUUUUCCGUGAUCAAUAAAAGGCAGGCAAACAACCUUUCAAGACAACUGUCUUGAAGGUUGUUUUUCAUGGUAAAUUGGUUUUAAGAUGUUCAGUUUAAGAUACAUGUCCUCCACAUGCGUUAUUCUGUAAUUCAAAUUAUUUAUUAAUUUUGUGUCACAAU